GUCAGUAGGUAUCUAGAUGUACCUAUUAUCUGUGGUAUCUAGUUAUUUUAAUGUACUUAUUGUAUUUUGCUCGUUUCUUUUUCGAAGAUCUUGUAUAUAGUUUUGUUUCAUUGUUGAAUUGAAUUAAACUUCUAAUUAAUCUGAUGUGUAUUAUAUAUUAUCUGAAAUGAUGCGUAAACGGUUGCUCCAUUUUGUGCAAUUAGGCACUGUUGGUAUAGCCGGUUAUUUUAUUGGACAGCAUGGGCUUAAAAAUGACGAUAACGAUGAUUCUUUUCUGAUAAAUGGUAAAAAAAUUAGAAAAAUGCCUGGUUUGCCCAUUUACGGCACUGUUUCAGCGGCAGCUCCUUACACGGACAGUAGCUCAGCCAAAUAUCGGGUCCCCGAAAUAAUGAAAUAUGGCUUUCCUGGUAUGGAUAAUGUUCAUUCAUAUGAUGAUUAUGUGCUGUCAUAUGAUCAAAGGAACAGGGUACCACAUUGGGUGUUUGAGCAUCUAACAAAGGCACAUGUGACGAAAAACAAUGAAGUAGACAGGAGUAAAUGCGAGUUCAUGCCAGAUGAAAGUAUACAUCCAUUUUUUAGGUCUCAAAAUAGUGAUUAUAAGAGGUCGGGCUUUGAUCGCGGCCACAUGGCUGCCGCUGGCAACCAUCGCAUCUGUCAGAAACAUGUCGAUCAGACCUUCUACCUCAGUAAUAUGGCGCCACAGGUGGGCGAAGGAUUCAACAGGCAUGCAUGGAAUAGAUUAGAGAAACAUGUCAGGAAACUGACCAGAGUAUAUGAUAAUGUAUACUGUUGUACUGGCCCACUGUACUUGCCCAGAAAGGAAUCCGACGGCAAGUCGUACGUCAAAUAUCAGGUGAUAGGCGCGAACACGGUCGCGGUGCCGACGCACUUCUACAAGGUGGUAGUGGCGGAGGCGGCGACCGGCCAGUUGCACAUGGAAUCUUACGUGAUGCCCAAUCAGAAGAUACCUGAUGAAACGCCAAUUACAUCCUUCAUGGUCUCACCCGAAGUGAUAGAGCGGGCGGCCGGUUUGCUGUUCUUUAACAAACUCGACAGGUCUAAAUUGACCUCUAUUAAUGGACGAAAAGUGUAAUAUUAUCGCCAGUGGAUUGUGAUCUUUUUCCCGUUAGGAAUAAAAUUUGAAAUUAAGAUUUACAAAGUAAAAUUAGUACUUUUAUUCGCCAGGUACAUGCAACAGACCCGUGUGCGGUAUACAAUGUGUUCUCUCAUGCCUGACAAAAUGUAUUUCCCAUAUUUUUACCGCAGCAUACUUAAUACGUAUUUAAUAACGGCUUAAAUAUACAAAUAAAUUUAUAAUUCUAUCUACACUGUAAGGGACUAGUCAUGAAGAUAAUAAAAGAAGAAUGAAGAUUUAACAAUUAAUUAUAUACAAGUAGUUGUAUCCCGCGGUUUCUCGCGCGUGAAUCGGUACAUAAAGUAACCUAUAUGCUAAUUAGGAUAUAAUCUACCUGUGUCUAAAUUUCAUUCAAAUCUGUUCAGUAUUUUUUGCGUGAAAGAAUGACAAACGUACAUCCAUUAUUACAAACAUGCACAUAAUAAUAAUAAUAAUAUUAUUUUAAUAACUCAAUUUAUGAUUGUUGUUAGAGUGUAGGUUGUAAGUAUAUAUAAUAUCUUUAUAAUGUGACUUUAGUCAUAAAACUUCUGUAUUUGUAAAGGUGGAUAGUUCCUUAAAAGAUUUUUUGUAUGUAUGGCUGUAUUUUUUAUACAAUCUAUUAAUGUAUGUUGAAUUAUGUGAAGAGAAAAAAGUAAAAGAAAUUUCCAAUAGUAGGUAGUUGUAAUUAAAAUUAAAUAGAUUCAAGAACAGACGUAGCCAAUUGUUAGUUUAAAUAUAUUUGUGAUUGUGUGCAGUUAGUUAAAAUAUCUUGUGCAAUAUAAUUGUUAUUAAUAAAUCAUGUAAAUAGUCAAUUUUAUUAGUUUUAUGUUUUUGAAAUAUAUUGUUAUUGAAAAUA